CAACAAACAAUAACUGGAUCUGUUUCAAAAUAUACAGCGGAGGCUCAUCGUGCCUUGAUAGCAUUGCGCUGUGAGGUCAAUAAACGCCCGUUCCACUCCGUCGCCGACCCUCUUUACAUUGAAGAGGUCAAACUCUUGCGCCCCGAUGUUCAGGUCCCAUCUCCACGCACAGUAUCACGCGACAUCAACACCAUCGCACAGCAUCAA